AUGUCGCGUUUAAGUCCACGACACACGCGCGAAAGGAUUGUCGAGAUUCGUCACAAAUUAAUAUUGCGAGGCACUUGUAAAUUUGGCAAUUGGUCGUCUGCUCUUAGUCGUGUGAAGACAAAUCUAUUUAUUGCUUGCUGUUGAAUACAUUUGGGUUUUUUCGAGCCGCGUUGGCUUAAACUAGCCAUGGGGAAAUCUACAGAGGAGAAACUUCUGGACUAUAUCAGGGAAGGGGAAGUUUUAAAAGUGAAAUCAUACCUUAAGAAACAUGCCCUUCUUGAUCUAAAUCAAAUUCGACACCGGGAUCAGCUCCAUCGGACGCCGCUUCACAUUGCCUGCGCUGCCGGGCACGAGAAGAUUGUUCGGCUGCUGAUGAGACUCGGGGCAAGCUCAGAAAUUCAGGACUCUAAGGGGGAUACCCCACUUCAUCUGGCUCUAAGUCGUGUUCUGCAUGGUGAUGAAUAUGCCUUUUCAGAGCUUGUCAUUCCCAUCUUGGAGAAGAGUGAUCGUAAUGUAAUCGAUAUGAGUAAUGACAUCGGAUUCACACCCCGCCAGAUGAUGAAUGAAUCGAACAACAAAUGGCAGUUUGUUACCAUGACGGAUUUGGAGAGUCGUUUGAGCCGAAGACACGAUGAGAGUAAACACGAGAAAGAACCACAGUGGAAGACAGUCAAUGAACAUCUUGAUGAAAAGGUUAUGUGGGAACACGACUGUUGGGAAGAUUACGCCGACCAUGACUGCGAGUCCUUCGACGCCUGGGCGAACCGGAUAGCCCAGGAGAUCCGACGAAAACACCAGGAGGAAGAUAAAAAGUACAAACCCCAAGGCCCCAAGGUCCAUCACAAUGUUCGGCUCCAGAGGGAGUACGUACCAAGACCUGAGGCCAAGCAGGAGACACAAUGGAGAAAACAGGAGAUUCAGAUGCAACGACAGAAGAUCCGCCGCAUCGAACGUGAACGACAGAAGACCCUGAAGCAGAAGCAUUCCUACAUGAAACUCUGCGACAAGGUCUUCCACGAAAUGGCCAACGAUCUCCUGCGGUACCGAGACAUACCUUGGCCGUGCCCCUCAGGCAAGGUGGAGAACAUGAUCAAGGUUCUCCUCUGCGAUGUAGACGUGACCAACAAGCAGGAGCUUCGGCGAUUCAUCAAGGCGCAGCAGCUUAUAUGGCACCCUGAUAAGUUCCUGCAGCGUUGUGGACAGCGACUGGUGCAGCGGGACAGGCAACAGAUCAUCGCCAAGGUCACAGAGUUGGCACAAACCUUGAACCAGCUCUAUGACAUUGGAACUCUACCCAAAGGUCUUCUCUAGUGGCAGGUUGUGAACAUUGCAAGGGCGAAUUCUCUUCCUCCAAAGCUGUUCAGUGGGUCUGAGGUGAUUCUUCUUCGCGAUGAUAUAUCAAACUUUUUUUCUGCAUCGUACCCCUUCGUAUGAGAACAUCUUGUAGUAUUGUUGAAAGACGGGUGAUAGAAAAACAGUGCUUUCGCUUCUCCAGAUUGUCACAAUUUUCCGGGAGUUAUUGAGGUUUUCAAGAAUUCCAUUAUUGACAAAUAUCUAGGAUCUCUCAAGGAUGUUAGGUCCAGAGACUCAUUAUGUACAAACAUGUUAUAUUCUUAUUCUGUAUAAUGUGCCUUCUAUUAUUGGGGACGUGCUUGCAUAUUGUGCUACUAAUAUUACAUCUACUCUAUCAGCUGGAUCGGUGCCAGUUGUACUUUUUUAUGUUUAAUGACGUUAAUCAAAUUAUUUAUUAGCUUUAUAACCAAUUACCAGAAGCAUGCAUAGUUUAUGGCCCCGUGUUAGUGUCUGGUAAAAAAAAACAUAAAUAGCUAUUCCAAGUAUGGUAUAUCCAUGGUACAAUACACCAUAUUUAUCGAAGUUUGAUUUAAGAAGACAAGACCUUGUAACACAACAUACUAAAAUACCUGGUAUUAUACACCCUAUCAACGAGGCUUUAAUUGCUUGUUUUGCGAACAUAGAUGUAUGGGUGAUUUUAAUAACAUUUCCCUGAUAUUCAGUUUCUCAUUACAUGUAUUUGUAAAUUUGAUAAUAAAAAAUUUACAUCCAUUAAGUUACAUAUAGAUAUUUCAACUGUCGUAGACAUGUUUUGAUAAUUAAACCCGAAAUAUUGAGUGCAUAGUUAUCGAUGGUAUUUGUGAACACGUAUGCGGCAGUCACAUCGGUGGAACCGAUUACAAACCAAUUAAACAAAGCUUUUCAGUGACAUACCAUCGGUCGGUUUUGGAAUCGGUUUCGUUGGUGUAACUGCCCUCGUUGCGGAAUUGGGUCUCCACGACACCUUUAAACGAACGAGUUUUUGAUGGGUUAUAUAGAUGACCUUAAGAAGUUUGACGUUAUCAUGUCUUCAAUCUCACACGUGAGCGUUAGGAGAAAUGUGUUGAAAUGACUUCAAACUUCUCGAUGGAAAUCUCUUUUUAUGAACCAUAAUUUAUUUAUCCUCAGUGCUUUCAGAUUACUUGCGCAGAUAUACUUUUGUUUUCUCAGAAAUCCAUCGUAACGUUUUGAAUUCAUUGUGUCAACAAUUCGGUACAAAACAUGCAAAAUGUCUUUAAAUUAUAAAAAAAAUCUUCGUUUAGAAAAGGUUGAAUUCACAUAAAGUCAAGAUUUUGUUAUAUUUAUUUUCAUAUCGUAGAGUAAAUCAUUUAUCUCUCUUUUUUCUCCCUCUUUUGAGACUUAUUUGACAUCUUUUAAUCAAUAGAAUCACCAAGAAUGUUUAAACAUAAUUCUCUAAAGCACAACGCUUUGUGCAUCUAGUACUCACACUACAUAAAGGUUACAUACAGAUUUGCUCAUAUUCAAUACAUUUAUACAGUAAUCCAUAUUCCCCUUUGCCGGGCCCAUUCUCAUUCCCCUACCUUUACCCCAGAGGGGGCGAGCGAUACCUAAAAUACACCCUCGUCAGAGGCGGAAGUACAUUUUUAGGCUAAAUCAAGCGGUUACACCUAUCACUUAAGCGAAACUAUAUUCGGGAGGACUUUAGACGUCAUCUUUGAGUGAAAUAAAAGCCCUCUUCAUUAAAGUGUGCUAAGAAGGGAUGAUAGUGGUGAUAUAUUUGUACGGGGCGUGCACAGGAGAUCCCGUCUAUGACGUCACGUCUUCUUGAUAUGAUUGAAUGAUUGAAAUG